GCUAGUCCCUUGUCCGCCGAGCCCUGCGCGCCACUAGCUCGCUGAGAGGGAGGAGAAAGCAGUUAGUUCCGGAGCCCUCCCGAGCGCGGCCCAACCUUUGCUUCAGAGAUCAUGGCUGCCGAGGAUGUGGCGGCGACAGGCGCCGACCCGAGCGAGCUGGAGGGCGGCGGGUUGCUGCACGAGAUUUUCACAUCGCCGCUCAACCUGCUGCUGCUCGGCCUCUGCAUCUUUCUGCUCUACAAGAUAGUGCGCGGGGACCAGCCAGCGGCCGGUGGCGACAGCGACGACGACGAGCCGCCCCCUCUGCCCCGCCUUAAGCGGCGCGAUUUCACCCCUGCGGAGCUGCGGCGCUUCGACGGCGUCCAGGACCCGCGCAUACUCAUGGCCAUCAACGGCAAGGUGUUCGACGUGACCAAAGGCCGCAAGUUCUACGGGCCCGAGGGGCCGUACGGGGUCUUUGCCGGAAGAGAUGCAUCCAGGGGCCUUGCCACGUUCUGCCUGGAUAAGGAAGCGCUGAAGGACGAGUACGAUGACCUUUCUGACCUCACUCCUGCCCAGCAGGAGACCCUGAGUGACUGGGACUCUCAGUUCACUUUCAAGUAUCAUCAUGUGGGCAAACUGCUGAAGGAGGGGGAGGAGCCCACCGUGUACUCAGACGAGGAAGAACCAAAAGAUGAGAAUGCUCGGAAAAAUGAUUAAAGCAUUCAGUGGAAGCAUAUCUAUUUUUGUAUUUUGCAGAAUCAUUUGUAACAUUCCAGUCUGUCUUUAAAACAUGGUGAUUUCAAUAUUUAGAGAAGUUUUGAACUUGCUGUAAAUUUUUUUAAUUAACAUCACUAGUGACACUGAUGAAAUUAACUUGUCUUAGAAUGAAUGCAUGAUAUGUUUGUGUGUCACUGAUCCAGAAAGUGAACUGCAGUGCUGUAAUACAAAUAUUAUUACUGUUCUUGUUUUAUCUGUAGUUAGUACAGGCUGAAUUUAAAUUUGUUUUUCCUGAGAGACAGGUAAGACUUGGGUAUUUCCCCCAAACAGGUAGAAAUGUUAAAUGUGCAAAGUCCUUCAAGCGCCAAGAACAAAGGAUCAAGUUUUAGUCAUGAUGUUCUGUAAAGACAGCCAAUCCCUUAUCUCUCAAUUGACUUAACUGCAUGAUUUCUAUUUUAU